GUGAACGGCAUCUUUCCCCUAUAUUAUUAUAAUUAUGUUUGUUUAUUUCGGGGAUGUGCUGGUGUUUUUAUAUUGUUAAUUUUUAAGAUUUGAAUUUUAUAGAAAAGAUACGGAGAACUGAUAAGGAUUUAAUAGAAAGCUGUACCACACAUCAAGCCAGUGUUCAGUGUUGAACAGUUAACAUCUACGGUAAAAAGCGAAAUCAUGGAAUGUAAUAGUACGGUGCGUGCAUGUGAAAGUGAUCCCUUAAAGACGUCACUUGCAAGUUCCGAAAAACGAGUGUCACAGUGGGAAGUCCUCAUGCGAAAAUUCUCAGAAGCCCACAAAGAAGAAUGCAAAACGGUGACGCUGGACAUUCCGCGAGUGAAACGUGCCGAGAAGACAUUCCCUACCGGUUCCUCUUACACUGGCACCUGGGACGUGCUCGGGAUGAGCGGCCAGGGCACCUACAAGCUGCCAAAUGGUGUAAUCUAUGAGGGCGAAUUCGACGACGGAACGUUCCACGGUCAAGGCGAACUUCGAUACCCAUGCGGAGCCGUUAUAUACGGCAAAUGGGUGCGCGGGGAGAUGGUGGAGCGGACAUUGGUGUUCCCAGAUGGGUUGGAGUAUGCUGAGGCUGACUGGCCGUAUUGCAUAAUGCCAGACAGGAGGUUUACAAUAGAGAUAAACGACGGACUUGAACCGGCGGGUCGUUCGUACCUCACGGCAGAACAGCCGACCCGCGAAAUCCGACCAGGAUUUUAUGACACGGGGGAUGGCUUCUACGACCCGGACACCAAAAUUGUGUACUCGGCGGAGGAUUCAAGUCGGAUUAGAAGAAAGCCCGGCGCCCACGAACAGAAGUGGAUCAUGGAUAAGUGCCGCACCAAUCCCAUGAGGCCCCUGGGACCCAGACCGGACCUGUACGAGGAGUGGUCCUCACCCAUAACGGAGCCAAAUAAGGAGGUGGAAGGAGCGGCGCCCAGCCAACCAAGCUUUGCUUAUUCUAGAAGCAAGUUGCAUUUGGUGGUUGAGGACAAGGCUUCAGGUGCAGGCGAAUCCUCAAAAUACCAGAAGAAGGGCCGCUCGCUUUCCUAUCCAAGGAAUUCUCGCAGAGCUCUCACCUUUCGUCUUUUGUCGCACUACGGUGACUUCCCAGUUGAAUACAUUGAGAAAGAAAUAAAGAAGGAAAAAUAGACAUGUUUGAUCGGUCCAAUAAUGUAAUUGGCAGAAUUAGCGAUUAAAG